ACUUUACGUCACAAUCAUCUGUUUGUUUUUUGAGGUUACAAAUAUUGAGAAGCUCUUUGUUUUGAUUGUGUUUGUUUAAUGAUUUUUUAUCGCCUAAGAGUACUAGAUUUCAUCAAAUGCGAAUUAAUACAGAAAUUAAAUAAAUUUUAUUCAGUUAAAAUGGCAAAUUCUGUAGAAAUUAUCCCGGAAAGAUUGUCUCCUUUAGUUCGGCCGGUUCACUACACCCUCGCUCUGAAGCCUGAUCUCCGCACUGGAUUAUUCAAAGGAAACGUGAAAAUAGAUGUAGUAGUUAAACAUGAAAAGAACUUUCUUAACCUUCAUACAAAAUUCUUAAACAUAGGUGAUGUUAAGGUUGUACAAGGUGAUGUAGAAAUUCCCAUAACCAAGAUUUCUGAAGUGAAACAAACAGAGCAGCUAGUGAUUAAUUUUAACAACCUGCUCAGUCCUGGAAAUUAUCAAGUUGAUAUUAAUUUUGAUGGUGAUUUAACUCGCAAUAUUGUUGGUUUUUACUUAUCAUACUUAAAAGAUAACAGGACUAUGGUCGCCAGUAAGUUCCAACCAACAUAUGCACGUCAAGCAUUCCCAUGCUUUGAUGAACCGGAUUUCAAAGCUACAUUUGAUAUAACACUGACAAAACCCAUAUCAUAUGUGGCACUCUCUAAUAUGAAUGAAGUAUCCAGGGUAAGAGAUGAAGUUUCCAACACAGAGUCAGUAACAUUCGCAAGAAGUGUUCCGAUGUCAACUUACCUCGCUUGUUUUGUGGUUUGUGAUUUUGCCUUCAAAGAAACUGAGGUUGAUUCUAACGGGAUUGGUAAAAAUUUCACACUACGCUCUUUUGCUCAAAAAGGCCAAACAAACAAGAUAGACUUUGCCCAAGACAUUGGAAAGAGAGUAACAGAAUUUUACAUUAAAUACUAUGAAGUGCCAUUUCCACUGCCCAAAUUAGAUAUGAUAGCGAUUCCAGACUACCAAUCUGGUGCAACAGAGCAUUGGGGUCUAAUAACAUAUAGGGAGACAUCUUUUCUCGUAGACGAGGCCACAGCGUCUUCAAAAAAUAAAAUUAGUGUUGCAAAUACGAUUGCCCAUGAGUUGGCGCAUAUGUGGUUUGGAAACUUGGUGACCAUGAAAUGGUGGGAUGAAGUUUGGUUGAAUGAAGGAUUUGCUUCUUACAUGCAAGUGAAAUCUCUUAAUGCUAUCGAACCGUCUUGGACAAUGCUAGACCAAUUUCUAACCAAGACACUUCAUUCGGUACUGGUGACAGACGCGAAGCUUUCCAGCCACCCGAUCGUGCAGACUGUGGACACGCCUGACCAAAUCACCGCCAUUUUUGAUGCUAUAUCCUAUAACAAGGGCUCAUCAGUGCUACGAAUGUUGGAAGGUUUCAUCGGCGAAGAGAACUUCCGCCGCGGCGUAUCAGACUACUUGAAGAAAUUCAUGUUUGGAAACACCGUCACGCAAGACUUACUGACCUCUUUGGAACCCUAUUUCAAAAUGGAAAAUCCUGAACUGGACCUAAAAUAUAUAAUGGACACGUGGACUCGCCAAAUGGGAUACCCUCUUCUUACUGUGUCUAAGGGCAAGGAACCUAACACCUACGUCAUCAAACAGUCACGAUUUUUACUAAAUCCUAAUGCUGUGUACCAAAACGAUUCAGAGUUUCAUUACCGUUGGUUUGUGCCAAUAACUUACAAGACAAACAAGGGUUCAAGUUCAAAAAUCAUCUGGUUCUCAGACAAAGCCAAUGAAGUGUCACUUAAAUUGGAUACCGAGGAGAAUUGGUUGAAAAUAAAUAACAACCAAGUGGGCUAUUAUCGCGUGAACUACACAGAGGAUAUGUGGCAGAAUUUGAUAAAGCAGUUGAAGGAGAAGACUAACAGACAGCUUACAAUAUCCGACCGCGCGCAUUUAUUAAACGAAGUAUUCGCCCUGGCCGAAGCGCGGGUCGUUCCUUAUAACUUAGCCUUGGACCUAACCACGUAUCUAUCUGAAGAAAGAGACUACGUCCCCUGGGAUACAGCUACCAAUAUCUUCUCAGAUCUCUCCAAGAAACUCCGCAAUACAACGGCUUACGACGAUCUAAUGAUAUAUGUCCAGAUAUUAAUAACACCGCUCUAUGAAUCACAAACCUGGGAAAGGAUCUCAGGAAGUGUCAUUCAAGGGUUACUUCGGUCUUUAGUACUGCGCACAGCGACAUGGUGUGAACUGCCGGCCGCAGUGUCUCGUGUAAGCUCCCUGCUGCACGAGUGGCUACGACACCCGGAUUCUCUUGAUGCUCGCAUAGAGCCCGAUCUGAGAGACUUCGUCUAUUACGAAGGCAUGAAGUCGGCUAGCCAAUCUGAAUGGGACACAAUGUGGGAGAUCUACCAGCGCGAGGAGGAUGCGCAGGAGCAAGCGAAAUUACGGGCCGCGCUCGCCGCGCCCAGGAAUUCUGAUAUACUACUGAAGUACUUAAACCUAAGUUGGGACGAGAAGAACAUCCGGAGUCAGGACUAUCUGAUCGUAUUGCAGUACAUCGCGAGCAACCCCGCGGGCACCGCACUAGUCUGGAACGAGGUCCGGUCUAAUUGGCGUCGGCUCGUCGACAGGUUUACGUUGAACAGUCGGUAUCUGGGAGCACUUAUACCGGGAAUUACUAAUAGCUUCAACACGAAUGACCGGCUUAAAGAGAUGGAAGAUUUCUUCGCGCAGUACCCGCAGGCGGGUGCGGGCGAAACAUCUCGUGCGCGUGCGCUGGAAACUGUUCGCUACAACGUGCAAUGGCGCGACACGCAGCUACAAUCUGUGCAAGAUUGGCUGCGGGCAAGAGCCACAUGAUCGGCUGUUUGAGUUGAUAUAUUAGCGCGAUUGUCUGAUCUUUGUAUUUUGUAUAAUGAUCCCAAAUUUUGACGAAUGGGUUGCAGAUUGACCUAAUCUUAAUGUGUGUUAUUAAAAUAAUUAACACAGAUAAAUUUUCUUAACAAAUGGUGGUGAUUUACUCACUUGUUUGACAAUAAGUAUUUCCUGUUAAUCUGUACAAAAAAAUAUGUAUAUUUCUUUUAUAAAACAAAUAAUAAAACCUUAAUCGACUCGAAAUAAAACUCCUUUGUUGAUCA